GGGGAGGAGGGGGGUUUAAAACUAGCUGGAACCAGAUCCUUCGAUUUAAUCCGGCGUUCCUAUGUGACAGUAGCGCGCUUCAGACAGAACAUGAUCGUAGGUUCACUCGGUGUGUGUGGAACGCGCGACACUACGGGAGGCACCGGGAGCGCGUGUCGGUUUGACCGGAGGAAAACACUCUUUACCUAACUAAAGUGACGACUCGCGCACACGCAGUCAUGGUGCUGUGUGGAGCCAAAGCACGGCGCUUCUUGGAGCCCAACAUUUACACGGAGGCCCCCGAUGGAGGCUGGGGGUGGGUAGUGGCCGUGGCCUUUUUCUUGGUGUCAGUUUUCACGUACGGCACCAUCAAGAGUUUCGGCAUCUUCCUCCAGGACCUGAUCGAGGAAUUUGGAGAGACGAACAGUCGAGUCUCCUGGAUUGUUUCCAUCUGCGUCUUUAUCAUGACGUUCAGUGCGCCUCUCGCCUCGGUGAUGACCAACCGCUUUGGCUACCAACCUGUUGUCAUCAUUGGGGGUUUUCUCAUUUCCUCGGGCACCAUCGCCACCAGCUUCACCACCUCCAUCCAUCAAAUGUUCAUCACCUACGGAGUAGUUGCAGGCCUGGGCUACUGCCUGACCUUCCUGCCCACUGUGACCAUCCUCUCCAAGUACUUCACACGUCGUCGCUCUCUGGUCACAGCUGUGGCUUCCACAGGAGAGCCUCUUUCCAUGUUCGCCCUGGCACCAGCCUUCUCCGCUCUGAGGGACCAUAUUGGCUGGCGUCAUACUAUCACAGUGAUAGGAGCUUUGCAGAGCAUCAUCAUCAUCUGUGGCGUUCUGCUUCGGCCCAUCAUUAUAAAACCCAGCGCGUCCCAAAAGACGGAGACUCAAGAGUUGUCGCCAAAGGAGCAGGACACACUCGGUGCACAGGAGAGCAUAGAGGGCAAAAACCCAGAAGAACCCAAGACCAUCAUGGACUCACAUGUGCAAAACACUACCUACAGUCUGGACAACGAGCUGACCAGAAGCUCUGUGAGCACCAGAGACUCUGGCGUCCAGUCUCUUAACGACACAGAGGAUAAGACUUUACUGCAGAAACACGUGGAAAGUGGGGGCGCAGAGGUUAAGAGAUCUGAAACAGGGGAGGAGAAAAAGAACGAAGGCGCAGAGGGACAGUGUGCGAAGGAUGAGGCGAAGGUCUCUGCAAAGAAGCUUCUGGACUUCUCCAUCCUCAGAGAGUGCAACUUCAUCUUCUACUGCAUGUUCGGGCUCUUCGCCACACUCGGCUUCUUCGCCCCUCAGCUCUACAUCAUUGAGCUGAGUGUGAGUCGAGGCGUGGGGCGGGACCGCGCCACCUACAUGCUCUCCACCAUGGCGGUGGCUGAGAUCAUGGGCCGCUUCUCCAUCGGGUGGAUCAUGUCGCGUGACAAGCUCAGGAAGAGGAAGCUGCAUGUUCUUCUGGUGUGUGUGAUUGCAAUGACUGCAGAUCUGGUGGGAUUUACUCUGGUCAGGGAGUUCUAUGGACUGGCUGUGUGCUGCGCGCUGUACGGCUUCUUCAUGGGGACGCUGGCGUGCACGCACAUCCCCCUGCUGGCCGAGGACGAUGUGGUCGGCAUAGAGAGGAUGUCUUCGGCUGCUGGUGUCUACGUGUUCAUACAUAGCUUUGCCGGCCUGGCUGGACCCCCACUUGGAGGUGUGCUGGUGGAUGUGACUCAAAACUACGGAUCAGCCUUCUACUCGUGUGCGGCCGGCAUGGCGCUGAGCGCCGUCUUCCUCGGUUUGGUCAAACCCGCCAAGAAAGGAUUAAUCUGUGGGAAGAGAAGCUCAAGAGACAACACGGGCGUUCUAAAUCCACAGUGGGACGAGUCCAAGGAACAGAGUGGAGAACAUCAACAGGACAAAGCUCCCAGUCCUCACAAUUCUUCUCAAGCAGUGGCCAACUCCGACCACAUGGACGCCACCGGCGAUGAGGAGAAAAUCAUAAGUUAACUUAAGCUGAUAAUGAAUGAUAAGGGUUGUAAAAAGGUCAAAGCGUUCAGGUGUAAAAUGACGUUUCAAAAGGAAACUGCUGCUGCCAAAGAGCCCCAGCGACACAAGACCAAUGUUAAGCCGUUAAGCCUUUGAAGAUCUGGUUUUAUUGUGGUUAUUCUUGAAGAAACAACAAUGCCUUAUAUACCUGAUUGUACCUCAGUGUUUUUAACAGUUACAAAUUAGCUUUGAUUCACUAAGCUUCUGAUAUGAUCUUGUUUUAAUGGACAGUGGUGACAAAUAUUAGUGGAAUGUAUGGAACGCGGACCUGUACUGUAAUUUCUAAAGAGAAAAAUGCAUCAGUUUUUAUAUCUUACAUGCUGGUGAUUAAUUUAAGCUUUUUAUUUAAAUCAAACAAAGGCCCACCGUUCAUGGGAGACCUCAUGUAGCAGGCAGUGAAGAUAUAAAAGAAAAAGAAAUAAACAUUUAAUAUUUUUUAGUUUCUUACAAGCAAAUGAAGCAUCAAAACAAUGCGCACAAAUUCUAUGACACGUGUGUCAUAGCUUAAAUACAUGAAGCUCAGGAAUUAUGUGAUUAAGUGUUUAUUUUUUUGACUUUUGACUUUCUUUUGAAUAAUGUUGAGUUGAAAAUGCACUACUGUUUUGAUACGAAAGGUCACACUAAUUGUUUUUGUAUGGACGGUGAAUCCUCACCUCAGCCAAGGUUGUUAUCUGUAUUUUUUAAAUCGAGCUGCUCGCAAACACACACACAAACACAACGUUGGUGGAGGUGCAGAGGGUUGUUUGACACACGUGUGUGUGUAAAUUAAAGUGCUCCAGUACGUUACAAUUGAACAGCAGGAUCUGUCUCACUGUAAUUUUAUAAUUUCAUAAUUCCUACACCAACUUCAGAAUCCAUAGACACUGGAAUAACUGGAAUAAAUGUUUACUUUUA